AUUGUCCCACCGGCGCCGGCAGGGUGACAGCGGACUGUCCAGGAGGAGAAGGGAAAACCGAACAGAGUUAGAGAACCGGGAAAGCUUCCAACUUUUUUUUUUUUUUCGCGAACCGCGAUAAAUUAAAUAGAUAAUUAAUUUAUUAAACCGAAGGAACCGAUGAGCGCAGCGGUCAGUUUGAACUUUAUCCAAAUAACUUCAGUUCGGCUGCACUCGAUGAUCACGAGGUUACUGGAUCAUAUCAGCUGAUUUCUGUUUGUGGCUGGGGGAGUUUGAGGAUGAAAGAGAACUAAAACACGACCCAAGCGGUCACUUUGAAGUGGCUUAAAUGGGACGGGCUCACGUGCUCGUGUCCUUUUACAGAUAACAGCAGAGAAGGUGCAGCUGUCCAGACCCACGACUGCGCUACCUCUCAGGAUAGAGACAGAGGACAGGACACUAAGGACAGAGGAAAGGAAAUAAAAACAACCUCCACUCUGACACUGAGCCCAACAGAUACAUCGCUUAUCUUUCUAGAAACCCGCCCGGACUAUGGCCGCCUCCUCACAAGACAGCUGCCUCUGGUUGCUCUGGAGACGGACCCUGCUCGCGCUGUGGCUGUGCGCUGCAGCGCGUGGGGCGGAGGAUGAAAGAGAUUUCAACGCCGAGUCGUGGCUGAGGAUGUAUGGCUACCUGCCCCAGGCCAACCGACAGAUGUCCACCAUGCGAUCAGCUCAGAUCCUGUCCAACGCCAUCAGUGACAUGCAGCGCUUCUAUGGUCUGGAGGUGACUGGCCAGAUGGACUCCCAAACCGUCAGCGCCAUGAAGAGACCCAGAUGUGGUGUGCCUGACAAGUUUGGAAGGCAGAUCAAAACCAAUGUUCGUCGGAAGCGUUAUGCUCUCACUGGACAUAAAUGGAGCAAAAGACAUCUCACUUACAGCAUUCAGAACUUCACUCCCAAAAUUGGAGAGUAUAACUCGUAUGAUGCCGUUCGACGGGCCUUUAAGGUCUGGGAGGGAGUCACCCCACUGGUAUUUGAAGAAAUCCCCUACCAGGAAAUCAAAUAUGGCCGCCGUAAGGAGCCAGACAUCAUGAUCUUCUUUGCUUCGGGUUUUCACGGUGACAGCUCUCCGUUUGACGGCGAGGGGGGUUUCCUGGCUCACGCAUACUUCCCUGGACCUGGUAUGGGUGGGGACACACACUUUGACGCAGAUGAACCCUGGACCAUAGGAAGGCACAAUGUACAAGGUAACGACCUCUUCCUGGUGGCAGUCCAUGAACUGGGACACGCCCUGGGCUUAGAGCACUCCAGUAACCCCAUGGCCAUCAUGGCUCCCUUUUAUCAGUGGAUGGAGACAGAGAACUUUGAGCUGCCUGACGACGAUCGACUCGGCAUCCAGCAGAUCUAUGGUCAGCCUGACAGCGGCCCCACUCAGGCCCUGCCCACUAUGCCAGCUCGUCGCCCGGAGCCCAGACCACCUCAGACUCCCCCCCGACAUCCCGACCGGCCCAGAACCACCGACAGACCCGAUCACUACGGGCCCAACAUCUGUGAAGGGAACUUCGACACUGUUGCUAUGCUGCGUGGAGAGAUGUUUGUUUUUAAGGGUCGGUGGUUCUGGAGGGUGCGCAGGAACAGGGUCCUCGACAACUACCCCAUGCCCAUCGGACACUUCUGGAGGGGUCUCCCAGGGGACAUCGAUGCUGCUUACGAGAGACAUGACGGCAGGUUCGUCUUCUUUAAAGCGAACAGAUUCUGGCUCUUCAGGGAGGCAAACCUUGAACCAGGCUACCCUCAGGAGCUGGUUGAUUAUGGGCGAGAUAUUCCAUAUGAUCGGAUAGAUACAGCCAUCUGGUGGGAACCGUCUGGCUACACUUACUUUUUCCAAGGAGACAGAUACUGGCGCUUCGAUGAGACGUCACGGUCUGCUGACAGGGGCUACCCAAAGUCAAUCGAUAUCUGGGAUUCUUCAGUGCCUGCUUCUCCCAAGGGGGCCUUCCUGACUGAUGAUGGGGCAUACACCCUCUUCUAUAAGGGCUCCAAGUACUGGAAGUUUGAUAACCAACGUAUGAAGAGUGAACCGGGCUAUCCAAAGUCCAUCCUCAGAGACUUCAUGGGCUGUAGUGUGGACCUGGAUCCUGACAAAGACACAGACUCCGGGCGCAAAUACCCAGACCCGAACCGACCACCAUUCAACCCAGACCCAGGACGUGAUGGCGACAAGGGCAAAGAACGGGAGGGAGCAGGCCGUGAAGGAACCGACUCUGACAAGGGAAAAGGCUCAGACAGAGACAAGAAUGAAGACUAUGUUGAGGGUCGGGAAGAAGACACCAAUGAAGUAGAUGUUGUGCUGAAGGUGGACAACAGUGAGCUACGAACCAUGAACAUUCUGAUGGUGACCAUCCCUCUGGUCUUGGUGAUGUGCAUCCUUGGUCUGAUUUAUGCCAUUAUUAAUACGCUACAGAGCAAAGGAACACCUCGGUUGCUGGUGCAUUGUAAGCGCUCCCUUCAGGACUGGGUCUGACAUUUGGCUCAAGGAAGCACUGAAUACCAGACCUCCCCUCCUCUAACCCAGAGCUCUUUCUGUUGAUCCAGCUGUCCUCUGUGGUUCCUGCAGCUCUUAGUAAAUGUGAUGGUAGAUCCAUGCUGAUGCAGUACUGACGUAAAUUAUGUCUUACAUUUAAAGACACUGACACAACACCUUAACCACCUCCCAUCUCCCAUGGUGCUCUAUGAUACAUUAACAGUAGUCUAUUUAUAAGAGAAAACUUUGCACAUUUUGUUUUGUUUUGGUUCCUUCUUUGUGACGCUUCAUGUUGUUUUCACUUCUUAACCAGGAAAGCUUUUCUAUUCAACUCUUUGCAAGGCCCUUCCCCUAAUCUUAGCAGUAGUCUUAGUUUUUGCGGAUAUCACAAAAUCUGCUUAUAUCAUCUCACAAAGUGUUACCAGAGGUGUAGACAGAGAACCAGCCCUCAAGCACGGCUGUUGAUCAAUUCUGUCAUCAUAGUAUAGUAGAUAAAAGUCAUGCUGAUGGGGUUUAACUGGACAUAGCUAGCUCUGAUUUAAACAAACCCCUGAGUUUAAAAAAAUGUUGGCAGUUGUAGACCAAGAGUCUUUCCUUGAAGUCUUGCUUUUUUGGUCACAUCAUUUGAUUGGAUUAUCCGAUCACAUCAACAUGUCUUCUAGAUUCUUUGGUCAGAAAAAAAGAUUUUUAGAAAUUCUUUCCAAAGUGAGAAUUUUUAAAACCAGCUUUGGAUAUGUUGACUUGACAUACCCAAAGUAGCCUAAAUCCUUUUUAACUAUUCUAGAAACUACUGCUCUAGAAACUAGAAAAACAGUGGAGCUCUUGGUUUAAUUAGAACUCAUAGUUGUGCUAAAAAAGGUAAUGACUGGCAGGAAGUUGUGAACUCUGUCAACAGCAAUAAGAGCUAAAUUUGUCUCUGCCUGGUUUUAAAGCAAAAGUCCGGUCAUUGUCAGAAUUCAAACCUCUGAAAGUACUUUAAAUACAAAAUUAUCCCAUACUGUUCAAUAAAUGAUAAGUGUUUUAAUUAAGAGUCA